GAAAUCUAAAAUUUAAUGGUUUUAUUUAUAUUUUAAAACCAUCUCGAAACAUUUUAUCGUUUUUUAAUUAUUUUUCAACUGUCUGAAAAAUAAUUUGUAACCAUUUAAUCACCAAACAUCCUAAUUUAGAAAGAUACAAAUUUUAUUUGAAUGAUGAAUAACAUGUAUAUAAAGUAACAUGUACAUAAAAUAAAUGUAAAUAACAUAUAUAUAUAUAAAAACAUGUAUAUAAACAAAGUGAUCAUUUAUUCGUAAAUGAAGAAUAAUUUUAUUUACUCGCAAAGUGUAUAUACUUUUGCAAAUGGACUUUUUACCUCAUUUGGUUUGGGCAAUAAAUUAAUUUAUCUGUAGCUUGAAGGUUUUGCUUUAUCUUUACCUGGUUUCAAUGUUAUGUUAUUAUCGCCGUUUUCCAUUUCGUUGGGAAAUAUCCCAGUUUGAACAUACCAUUUGGGAUAUAUGUGAGUCAAACUAUGCAUUUUUUGGAUAGAUUUUUAAACAAUAUAUUAUGUAUUUUGUCGGGGACCAGAUGCUUUGUGCAAUUUCAGGUGUUCGAAUGUAACGUGAGCUUUUUGUAAGGGAUAAUGUGAUUUAUCCAUUCGCUGAUGUUUUCAGUGGCAGUGUUUUCAAGGAAGCUUUUUACCAUUGCAUUGAUCGCUUUUUAUUGUAUGUACCUGCCUGAAGUGAUUUGCUAGUAUUUCUGCUUUAUCUUUAUUUGUGAAGGUUGUUUGUGGAGAGUACAGGCAUGGGUUGGAACGGUUUUUCGAGGGAUUAGAUUGUUUUCCAGGACGAUGAGUCCUUGGGAAUUGUGAUGAUAUUAUUCACUUGUUUAAGAUGUCUGAGGCAUAUGCUUUGCUACUUUCGUUUAAUUCUAUUUCUAAACUUGAUUAGAUUGACAAUGUAUUAUAAACAAAUAAUUGUUCCCAUUUUAUGAAAGCAUUACCGGUCCCCUUAUGGUUGUUGGAUUGAAAAAACUAACUCAAAUAUAUUAAUGAUAUUCACUUUUAAUUAAGUGACUUUAAAGAUUAAGUCACUUUAAAGACAUUUCUAACAAUCUCGCAUAUGCACGUUGUGCACGGAGUCUUUAAGCUCGCUCGAACCCUUGUUUAUAAACAGAAGAUAAGUGACCGUAACCAAAUGAAUGCUUACGCUACCACAGACGCGUGUCUAAGUAGAAUUCACUGCUAUGGUACCAGCAAUUUUUCAGGAAUAUCUUGGAAACUAUGUGACCUCCUUACAUAUACAGAAAAAUGUUGUUCAAAGUUUUGAAUUCUACAACAUAUCCAAAAAUACAUCGAAAUCGGAGGAUAGUUAGCUUUUCUACAGUUUCGCCCUCACUUUUUAUGAUAGGACAAUGCCGGAGGAAAGCAUUAUUCGAUAUUUUUCUUAUCACGCCAUAAUAACGAAAAAAAAAAAAAAAAAUUGAAUUGAUUUAAUUUAUGGUGAGGCUACAAAAAACUUUAUAAAAACUUCACGCAGAAAGAUAUUUUAAGAAAAAUCAUUCUUCUCAAAAAAGUUUCGACCAUAUUUUUUAAUUAUUUUGUAAAACAGGCAGUAUUAAACUAUUUAAAAGAGAAUGACUAAAGCCUACUACUGGAGAAGAUACAGAAACUAUUACCUGUAACAAUAUCAUCACAAUGAACAGACAAAAAAUACCCGAACAACAGAUACUCUAUAGCCUAUUCAUCUCUGAUACUAGAUUUUGAUGCCGCUAUUGAUCAAACAUAUUACUAUAUGUGCUUUUUAAGUGGAUGGUUACCUUAUAUAAAUUACAUACACAUUUGUUAUUAAAGUAUCGCAUGCAGAAACAUUAGUUAAAAAUGUUAAGAAGAAGAAAAAAUAAAAGUAGUAAAUUUGCUCGAAUGAACGAAGAGGAACGUGUACGUUAUAUGCAACAUAGACUUGAAUUUGAGUUAGAAGCCAAAAGGCGCAAACAACAAUUAAUCGCUAUUUUUACUAAGAAUAAAUUAAAACGCGAAGAGGUAUUUUCAAAAUUAAAUAUUGCCAAAAUUAAUGAAAAGUGGAGGUAUGUUUUGCGACAAAUAAAAUGUAAGGAACUUCAUAAAAAUGUAGAACAUCUCCAUACAACUUUUGAUAGAGCAAUAAGAACUAAGGAUGCAACAAUAUCUUAUUUAUAUGAUGAAUUAAAAAUAGCAGAUGCAGAUCAUAGAAAACUUCAAGAAACACAUAUUUUAUUAAUCAAUAAUAUAAUUGGAAAAUACAAACAAAAAUUGACAGAGUUACAUGAUACAUGUACAUUCAAUAAUACUAAAACAAAUAAUAUGGUAGAGUUAACUGAAUUGAGAAAUCACAUGGAACAGUGCUAUCAGGAAAUUUCUAGUAAUAUAAGCAGAAAAAAUACAAUUUUUAAUCAUACACAAACUAUAAGAAAAACGUACAAUGCUGUUAAUAUUUUUAAUAUUUUGUACUUGGAAGAAGAUAUGACAUCAAAUCUUCUGCAUCAGUCCUUUUCAAACAUAGAAAAAUUCUGGGAACAGUUAUAUAGAAUAAUAAAUGAAUAUCAAAGAAUAGUUGAAAACAAAAGAACACAGUAUGAGUAUUUAAAAGAACAAGAUAACAUUCAUCGAAUGUGUAUAUUGCGGUAUCCGAAAGUAUGCUUACAGUUACAAAGUAUUAUUGAAAGUUUAAAAGGCAAUGUACACAUAUUAUCUCAAAAAAGAAAUGAAAAAAUUGCAAAACUCCAAAUAACAGAUAUAAAAAUAAAGGAAAAAUACAAAAGUAUUAAAUAUGAAUUAACUAUAACUCAAGUGAUAAAUUCUAUACAGUUAAAAAAAAUGGCUAUUAAAAGUAAUGAAAUAUUAAAACAUUUACAAAGACUUAUGGAAAAAGGUUGCACAAUUCUUGAAAUAAUUAAAAUAUGCGCCAAUUUGGAACCUUUAUUUUUUAAUUUGAAGAAAUAUUUUAUACAAAAUACAGUAUAUAAUGAAUGUGCUGAUACUAAUAUUCCUGAAUCAUGUACUAAAAUCAGUAACUUUUGGGAAUAUUGUAAUUAUAUAAAAGUAAAUAAUAUCAUGUUAAGGAAAGAAAGUAACAAGCUUUGUAGAGAGAAUAAAAAAUUAAAACAUAAACUGCAAGCAUACUUCUUGGUGGAUUCUGGCUUAAUAUAUCCAAUUACUCUAUCUUUGACUUGAAAUCUUUUGUUUAGUUAUCCUUAAUAAUCAUAAAUAAAAAAAUAAAUAAUACAGUAGUAAAUACUUAAAUUUCAAUGAAUUGCGAGUUCACAUUGUAAUUUUUUUAUAACAGGCAUCGAUUUUACUCCAGGAAUAGCCAUGAACUUUUGACCCCUUUGAUAAGGAAAAAAAGAAAUCUAGCAAGACGUGAAAUACUACCUAAUAUCUAAUAUUUUAUUUAUAAUAUAUAGAUUUGGUUAUGCUGCGCUCUCGAGACAUAGAGCAGUGCAAAGUAGUAGUAUUUAAACGGAAUGAUUCUAUUGGCAUUUAAGUACCUAUUACUGCAUAGACAAUAAAACGUAAUGUAUUUUGCAAAAA